UACAAGGAACGAAACAGCUUCUAAAAAGUCGAAAACAAGCUAAAAACAGUGAAGUCGAAGCUGUUUUGAGGAUACUCCCGUUACCUUGCAAAUUAAAGAGUGCUACGCUUCGGUGCUUCACCACCUAAUCCUCCUUUUAAGACGAACUCUAGCUAGAGCCGCGUUGCCACGCGACAUAUACACUGCAUGCAUUGCCUUUCCUCUAGAAACCAUGGCCGUGUCAUGCUCAUGCGUUCACCUUGCCAUCCUCCUCUCCUUGAUCCCGGCCACCGUCGUCGCCUCACCUCGGAAGCUACGCGUAUCCCCAGCCGACACGGCCGAGCUCGAUGCCGGCACACCGUCGUCCCCGACCGACGCGUCAGGGCCGACCACCUUCUUCGAGGUGGACCGGCCGCUUCGGCCGCCACCGGGCAGCUCUGGCCCGUGCUCCACGCUCCUGCUCUCCAGCUCCUUCGGGUUCACCUUCACCAAGCCGCCCGCCACCGCCGCGUACUCACCGCCGCCCUGCCUGGCCGCGGCGGGCGGCACUGCCUCGGCGAUCUCGCUCGCCGUCCUCGAGUGGCGCGCCACCUGCCAGGGAGUGCAGUUCGACAGGAUCUUCGGCGUCUGGCUCGGCGGCGCCGAGCUGCUACGCAGCUGCACCGCGGAGCCGCGGCCGAACGGCAUCGUCUGGUCCGUCUCCAAGGACAUCACCAAGUACGCGUCCCUCCUCGCCGCCGGCAACUCCACCCUCGCCGUUUACCUCGGCAACCUCGUCAACAGCCAGUACACCGGCGUGUACUACGCCAACGUGACGCUCCACCUCUACUUCCGGCGCGCGCCUGCUACGAGGACGCCGCCGCCGCCGGCGACGGCACCCGCCGACCUCAUCGUGCCCAUGUCGAGAGGCCUGCCUCUGAACGACGGGCUUUGGUACCAGAUCCAGAACGCCACCGACGUGCAGUCCACGAGCGUCACCUUGCCACCCAACACCUACCGCGCGGUUCUUGAAGUCUACGCCUCGUCCCACGGCGACGACGAGUUCUGGUACUGGUACACCAACACGCCGGGCGCCGCCAACGGCCCGUUCCGCGAGGUCACCGUUCGCGUCGACGGGGUUCUCGCUGGCGCCGCGUGGCCGUUCCCUGUCAUAUACACCGGCGGCAUCGACCCUCUCCUGUGGCGGCCCAUCACCGCCAUCGGCUCGUUCAACCUCCCGACCUACGACGUCGAGCUGACGCCAUUGCUGGGCAAGCUGCUGGACGGCGAGGCGCACGAGUUCGGGUUCGCGGUCACCAACGCGCUGGACAUGUGGUACGUCGACGCCAACCUCCACCUCUGGCUGGACCCAGGGAGCGCGGCGACGACGGCAGGCCUCAUCGCCUACGUCGCGCCGGAGUUAGUGGUGAACACGACGACGUCGAUGCAGUCCGGCUCCGGCGGCGACACGACGUACCACACGACGACGGCCAGCCGCCAAAUCUCGGCGACCGGAUGGGUGAGGUCGUCGUACGGGAACGUCACGACGAACGCGACGCGGACGUUCACGUUCCAGAACACCAACGCCGUCAUCGACGACACCGCGGAGACGGUGAACCAGACCACCGUCACGCACGCCGGCGUCGCCGUCGUCUUCGCCACGGACCACGGCACCGGCGUCGCGUGCUACUCGGUCCAGGCGCGCCAGGAGUUCCCGCUCUACCUGGACUCGGAAGCGGACCGCGUGACCGUGACGCACGGGCUGGACGAGACGACGGUGUCCUCCGGGCGGUGGUCGUCGGGGCCCCGGUACCGGUCGCUGCGCACCACGCAGAGCAGCGUGGUGAAAGAGGUGAAGGGGGGAGUGUCGUGGGGCACGCGGCAGAGGUACAGGUACGAGGCCACCGACGGGUUCGGGUGCUACCUGAGGAACGUGGCCAGCAGAGGUUACAGCAUCGCGUCGGACCAGGCCAAUGAGGUGUGCGCCAAGGGCGGUGGCGGGGCCCCUGCCGGCGGCAGCGUCACGGCGGCGUCCGGAGCGGACGAGGCUGGGCUGGUCCGGAACUGAACGUUGCCCGAUCCUCCUGCAUGAUUUUCAUUGAAACAAAUAAAUAGUCUGCCUGAGCUCUGGGUCCAUGGAGACGAGUUGAGAAAAAUUGGAAAAUAUGAUUGAAAACCUAAUUGUCAAUCAUAGCAAGAUAUAAUGUGAGAGGAGAAAACGAAAUCAAAGUACAAAUAGCGUCAUUAGAUUGCCAUGUGACCCUAUCUAGUGAAGGAGGGAGGAGGGCUAGCACCCCUAGUAUUCCUAUGUCCACUUAUCUUUAAGGUCCCAUAGCUAAAUAUGAGUGCUCAGACAAAAAAACACUCC